AUGUAGCUGCCGGCCUGUGAGUGGGAGGACGAGGACCAGGCGAGCAUGGGGACCAUGUCCUCCAUGGGCAGCUUUUACCAGUCUGGGAGCGAGUGUGAAGUGGAGGAGAACCUGAAGGUUAGGGCCUGGGCCCAGGAGUCGGCCACCGGCUACCAGUGCAGCGGCGAGUCCUCAGAAGGGCCUGCCAGCACCUUCGACUCGGACGUGCCCCACGUUGUCCCCUGCAAGUUCAUCAUCUCUCUGGCCUUCCCAGUGACCGCGGGUCACAAAGGAAAAUAUUCAAGUUUGGUUGCACAGUACAGGAGACACCCUAAAAUGGACAAACCUAUUGCAAAGGUUCGCCAUUACUACCACAUCGAGUACUUCCUCCUGCCUGGUGAUGGGGAGCCUAAAAAGGUCGAUGUGGUGGUGUUUCCAGCCUUGGCCAAAGUGUUCCUGGAUUCAGGAAUAAAGACCAUCAGGCCAUGGCAAGAAGGGGACAGGGUCUGGGUGUCGUGGACCCAAAGUUUUAACAUCAACAUGACAAAGGAGUUACUAAAGAAAAUAAAUUUUCACAAAAUCACCUUGAGGCUCUGGGACACCAAGGACAAGGUUUCAAAAAAAGCCAAGAAUUAUCGAUUAAAACCUUCUGGGUUUCUGGAAGAUGCAGGAUCUUUUGAGGAGGUGAAACAUUUGGUUUUAAGUCAGAGAAGAUCGUCUGAACAGGGCAUUCACAUCAAAGCGAAGCUGCAUCAGGACCACACACCAGGGAAGCCAGAAAAAGCAAGAAAAUGCUUAAGGUCUGGACAUGCAGAAAAGGCAACUCUUCCCAAGACCACCAAGGACGAUGAAGAGCUGCUCAGGACGGAAGAUCUUGACACAGUACGAUGUGGUACUUCAAGACCAGUUAUUGCUUUGGGAGGGGCAACCAUGACAGAGAUGGAGGAGUUAAUUGAGAGGCCGUCAUUUAGCAGCUUAACAAACUUGUUGGAAAAGCAAACAUUUCAAAUUAAACGGAAAGAAUCAGACGCGGGGAGGAAAAGCCAGAGGAGGAGGGAGAAAUCUCGCAUGGAGACAGACUCCAGGCUGGCAGGCCACGGGAAGCAGGGCACGUUCGCCAUGCAGCUGGCGGUGAUGCCGCUCCUCGCAGGAUGGCAAACUGUCGUGAGUCAUGGCAGUGGGAGGUCGGCCAACGUCUUAGAUUGUUUUUUGACCCUAAAAACAGAAGUUCCCCUCAUGACUGAAGAGCAAAAGCGGGACUUAAACCCCCUGACCAUAGAGAUCAAGUGUGUUUCCUGCCUUCCAUCACGGUCUGUGUCCUUCAGUGAACUAGAGCGGCUGUGCACCCCCGUGUACUGCAGGUACCAGUUCUACAGGACCCCAGUGCACAGGACUGAGGGCCAGCCCCAUGGGACCCACGUCUACUUCCAGGAUAUCAACGUCAUCUUCCUUGGGGCCAUGCACCCCAGCGACCUGAGGGAAUACCUGGAGGGCCCCCCGAUGGUGGUGGAAGUUCAUGACCGGGACCGCAAGUCAGAGGGGUAUUCCCGCAAGCCCGCCCUGUUUGGGGAGGACCCGCUGGAUUCAUACCUCAACCUCCAGACCCUAAUUUCCCCGAAAGAGACGGAGAACAACCCCUUUGAAACCCAGGAUAAGAUGUGGGACCCUUACGGGGUUGCCCAGGUCAGCUUUGCCGACCUCCUCCUUGGCCAGAAGUACUUGAACCUGGUUGUCCCCGUCCACAGCUGCGAGCCCAAGGCCACGCGCCUCGGCCAUGACAGCAGGAGCAGGAAGGCGGUGGGGUUGCGGGUGCCCGGAGACGGCCUGCGGCACAGCCCGAUGCCCCCGGGCGACUACCUGGAGGCCAGCUGCCUGCUGAAGCUGCGGGCGGGCGUGGCGGUGCCGCUGUGGGCCGGGACCGAGGCCCUGGACGCCCACCCCACGGCCUCCCAGUUUGGCCGCGUCAUCUUCGUGUUCACCUCCAGUAAGCUCUCACUCCUGCACGGCCUGCUGCAGGACGUCGCCGUGAUCAACGCCGGGGCCCUGGGCCUGGACUCCUGCCCCGUGGAGGAUAUCCAGCAGAUCCUGUCCGCCUUGAAGAUGCCGGCGAAGAUCCAGGAGCGGCCGGACCUGGACGUGCUCACUGGCUUCCACCUGCUGGACGGGCGGGGCCACCUCCUCAUCCUGGAGGGCUUGGCCGACCGGGGCCUGAGGCGGCUGUGGGAGAGCCACCAGAGCCGGGUCCCGCAGGCAGAGCCCGGCUCCUACAAGGCGCUCUACAACUCGCAGCUGCGCUUCCGCCGCCGCCUCUACGCCGACCUGGAGACCGUCCCGUACCACGUGCACCUGUCCCGGCCGCUGGCGCAGCUGAUGAAGCACGCAGUGCUCUACGUGCGCAACACGGUGCCGCGGCAGGUCUUUCAGGCACUGAGCAGGAUCUACUGCAUCUGCCAUUACAGCUCCAGGCUCAGGGAGGUGAUCACCGGGGACCUGCUGCCCUCCUCCUCCAUGAUCAAGGGGCUGAGCCAGGAGUUUGGGCUGCCCAUUUCCCCGGAAGAUCUUACAGAGGGAAAACUGCUGGCUAUGUCCCUUCCUCCUGCCCCCAAUCUGGAGGACUUCCAGAGCCGGAAUUCCACCCUCACUUCUGAGAUCCAGGCCCACCAGGAGAAGUGCCUGCAGUGGCGGAACACCAUGGUCCUGAAGAACAGAGACCAGAAGUACAGCCUGAUCCAGGUAGGCACUCCCACCCCCAGGCAUCCCGGGCCUCCUGCGGCCUGUGUCUGUUUCCCUGGGCAGGGUUCCCAGGCGGGAUGGGCAGGAGGUGCUGCCUGCAGGGCACAACUGUGCCAGGAGCUUUGCCUCCCAACCCUGGAGUAUCUUGUCCUUCUUGAAAGGUGAAGAGGAACCCUCUUAUGUGUAAUUCCUUUCCCCUGGCCCUGGAGUUCAUCUUAGAGAAAGAACUGUGUGUGUGUGUUAACAUUUUGCUUAAGCUGCUGAAGGCAUGGAUGCCAUAUGAUGUCCAAGCAACACAGGAGACAAACUAACCUGUGUGAGAAAAUGUGCGUAGAGGGGAAGAGAACAGGAGACUGACAAACUGGUGAGGUGAUGGAAGGUCAGGUGCAUGUGGCCUGAAUGGCCAAGGGCCUCCCUCAGCCCAUACCAACCAAAAAGGCUUAAAAACGCCAACAUCUGAGGUGUGCCUUGAACUCAUAGUGUGUAUGAGUGAAGCCCACCCAUGGGCUGUGUGGGUGAAGCCACUGCCUGGCCCUCCCACCCCAAUCUCUAGUAAAAGUCGUCUUAGAAGUCUCUAAGUUUUAUAUAUGUGCCUUCUUUAUGAAAAUCGACAAGGAGGUGGUGGUUUUUUUCUGUCAGUGUUCAAGUUUUUAGCUUUCUCAAAAGAACCGGUUCUUUGAUUUAUCAAUCAGUCUACUUUUCCUGCUUUCCUAAUUCAUUAACUUCAACUUUUACAAUUUUAUUUAUUUAUUUAUUUUUGGCUGUGU